GCGCGACCCCCUCCCCCCGGAGCUAUAAAGGACCGGCGGCCGCUCGCCUCCGUCGCUCCACGCGCGCGCGAACGCGGCGGCCAGGCUUGCACGCGGCUCCUGCUGGGCAGACUCCGGGGUGAGAUGGAGUGGGUGUGGGCGCUCGUGCUGCUGGCGGCUCUGGGAGGCGGCAACGCCGAGCGCGACUGCAGGGUGAGCAGCUUCCGAGUCAAGGAGAACUUCGACAAGGCUCGUUUCUCUGGGCUCUGGUAUGCCAUCGCCAAAAAGGACCCCGAGGGUCUCUUUUUGCAAGACAACAUCAUCGCUGAGUUUUCUGUGGACGAGAAGGGUCAUAUGAGCGCCACAGCCAAGGGACGAGUCCGUCUUCUGAGCAACUGGGAAGUGUGUGCAGACAUGGUGGGCACUUUCACAGACACUGAAGAUCCUGCCAAGUUCAAGAUGAAGUACUGGGGUGUUGCCUCCUUUCUCCAGCGAGGAAACGAUGACCACUGGAUCAUCGACACGGACUACGACACCUUCGCUCUGCAGUACUCCUGCCGCCUGCAGAAUCUGGAUGGUACCUGUGCAGACAGUUACUCCUUUGUGUUUUCUCGUGACCCCAAUGGCCUGAGCCCAGAGACACGGAGGCUGGUGAGGCAGCGGCAGGAGGAGCUAUGCCUAGAGAGGCAGUACAGAUGGAUUGAACACAAUGGUUACUGUCAAAGCAGACCCUCCAGAAACAGUUUGUAGCAACGUCUAGGAUGUGAAGUUUGAAAACUUCUGAUUAGCUUUCAUCUGGUCUUCAUUUCUAUUUAUCUUAGAAGUUUAGUUUCCCUCACCUCCCCUACCUUCUCUAGGUGGACAUUAAACCAUCGUCCAAAGUACAUGGGAGUGACUGACUCUGUUCACACAACUGUAUGUCUUACUGAAGGUCCCUGAAAGACGUUUGAGGCUUGGGAUUCCAAACUUGGUUUAUUAAACAUAUAGUCACCAUCUUC